AUGACACUGGCUUUUCAGGCGCAGUCCAAUGAUUUGACAGUCAAUCGCAUAAUUGGCUACACAAGUGAUGUAUCCGUAGCCAAGUUCAUUAACAAGAUACCUGAGGUGCCUGAUGUGUUUGUUGGUGAUCCAUUGUACUUAUUCAGACCGAGGAUCAUCCUAAUCGCGAGUGGCAUGACUAGUUCGAGAAUGAAUCCAUACAGUGCAGGAUCUAGCAACGGUGUAAAUCAAGAUUUUGCGAGGGACAGAGCAACCAAUAAUGUCCUAGUGGGGGUAUGUCAAUGCGAGGAGGCGAAAGGCAAGGAGAAUGGUUGA